ACCUCACUCUACCUCUCCCCCUCUCACACCCCUCCGUCCCUCUGUUUACUGUAGAUAUAGCUUUAAGAAGACGAUUUUAAAAACACAGAGAGGAGGACUCUGUUAUGCUGCUCUCUCUGCGGCUGUCCUCUCCUGCACUCUCUCUGGUCCAAAGGGAAUAUGUGGAUGUUCAGUAGACCCGCUAUUUGACUGGAUUACUACAGAUACAGAUACAGUCCAAGGAGUCCAGAGACGCCGCCGCCACCGCCGCACAGAUGUGGGGUAGUGAUGCGUGGCUGCUGUAGGAGCCAUUAUGGACAGCGGUGAGGGAGGGAGAGGAAGGGAUGGAGGGAGAGAGGGAGGAGAGAAUAGUGAACCUGACAUCAGCACCAAGCCAUUAUCUCAUCCUUUCCUGACCCCGGAAGUGAUUCCCUGUAAUGGGUUGCCCUCUCGUACCUCAGCCCCGGCCCCUGCCAAAGAGCCCUCCAACCUGACCCAGACAGAGCAGGGGGGUGCAGAGGGGACCGCAGGCAGAGAGGAGACCCCAGAAGGGGAGGGGGGUGUAUACUCACAGGAGGAUGGAGUGACACUGGAAGAAGAGGAAGAGAAGGAAGAGAAGCUAAAGGAGAAAGACCGAUUGUUACUAGUGGAUGACAGAGAGGAAACAGUGGGAAGAAAAAACCUUAUACCAGCCCUCAUCAGCAAAGACAGAGGAGAAGAGGAAAAAGAGAAGGAAGAGGAAGAGGAAGAGGAGGAGGAAAGGGAAGAGGCCAUCUCAAACCAAAGCCAAACCAAAUCCAAAUGUAGUCUAUUACCUCGACAGUGCCAGCACAGCUCUGCUUACAGCACUGUUAUAGCCAGUGGCACAUUGAACAGUAACACCCAUAUCACUCCUUCCUAUUCUCCAAAGCACUCUACCUCUCCAAAGCUCUCAUUAUCACCUUCCAAUUCUCCAAAGCACUCUACCUCUCCUUCCACCUCUCCAAAGCGCUCCAUUUUUUCCCCCUCCUCUCCUUAUCCUCAGAACGAGACAGAGGUGAGAGACACAGGAGGAGUGCAGGGCAAUAGUCCUAGUUUUCCUCUGAGCUUUAAACUCCAACAGUCUGCCCUGUCUGCGUCCACCAGCACACACGCUAAGGAUGAUGGUAGGGCAGAUGCCACUCACACUUCCCUUAUUGCCAAUGGAGACACUGCCAAAGUUCUAAAACCAAACAACAAUCCAGAAGAGAGAGAUGGAGAAAGAGAGGGAGAUGGAGAGAUGGAAAUAGAAAGAGAUGAUGAGGGAGAUGGAGAGCGAGAAAGAGAGGGAGAUGAGAACAUAGAGACUGUAUCUAAAUACCUCCACCCCUCUCCCUCCUCUUCUUCCUCACCCUCCUCUCCCGGCUCACUGAACAGUCACAUGGCAUUGAUGCACUCCCGGAACUCCUGCAAGACACUUAAAUGCCCCAAAUGUAACUGGCACUACAAGUCCCAGCAGACACUGCAAGUCCACCUCAGAGAAAAACACCCAGAGUCUGGGGGCUCAUGUGUGUGUGGGGGCUUGGGAGAGAAUUGUGUUUGUGGAGGGUCAAGGGGUGUGUGUCUGUACUGUAGCACAGGGAAGGCCCACCCUCGUCUGUCCCGGGGGGAGAGCUAUGUCUGUGGGUACAAGCCCUACCGCUGUGGUGUGUGUGAUUACGCGACCUCCUCUAAAGGAAACCUCAGCAUACACAUGCAGUCAGACAAACACCUCAGCAAUGUACAGGCAGCGGGACAAACACAACCUGCGCACAGCACACACACACACUCCACACACAGCGGGAGCUCCACUGUCAGAGACACGGCAGGCGAUCAGGUGUACGGACACACACACCCCGAAGUCACGCAGCCCCCUGCAAACACACCGCUCUACCCCAGCCAGCCCCCCUCCCAGGGUAAGAGGUGGCGGUGUGAGGUGUGUGAUUAUGAGACCAGCAUUGCGCGAAACCUGCGGAUACACACCACCAGCGAGAAACACACACACAAUGUGCUGCGCCUGAAACACACACACAACGUACUGCAGCUGCAGAGAAGCUACUACCUGGCCCACUGCAGGAGUCUACCUCCUCAACUCACACUGCUACACAGCAUAGAUGGGGAGCAGUCUUUGGAUAUGCAUCAACUAACAGCAGAGGAGCCAGUUGCCCCGGAUUCAACCCUGACCCCCUCCCCCUCUCCUCCUCCUCCCUCCUCCUCACCAUCCCCUUCUCCAUCCGCCUCUCCCCCUCCUCCCCUGUCUCUCUCUCCCUCUUCUCCACUGUCCCAUGGUGUGUUCCGGUGCCUGGUGUGUUUCAGUUUCUCCUCUGACAGUCUGGAGUCUCUUGGGUCUCACCUGAGUGCCCCCCGCUCCCUUCCCCAGUCUGAGUGGCGCUGUCUGGUGGCCGGAGGCUGCUAUUGCAGGCUGUGUGGCUACAGCACCCCCCUCACAGCUAACUUCACCUUGCACUGCCAGACAGACAGACACAGGGCCCGCUACCAGCUGGCUGCCCACCUCUGGGAGAGAGGGGAGAAGGGGGAGGUCGUGGACUGGGAGGAAGUUGGGAAAUUGGUUGCUACAGGCAACCUGGUCCAGCUGAAGUGUAACGUGUGUGACUUCCAGACCACCAGCUUGGAGAAACUGAAAAUACACAGCGUCAACUCCCAACACCAGGCCAGCCUCAGAGUCUACAGGUUCUUAGAGCAGUAUGACAGUGAAGUAGAUGGAGGCUCCUGGUCGUUCCACUGUGUCUUGUGUAAUUACUCCUCCCGCUCUAAACUCCACCUACUGAGUCACACCCACUCCACAGGUCAUCAUAAGAGGGAGGAGCUUCACCACUUGCAGCUUAUGAGAAGGAGGAGCCUGAAUAAAGGAGAGGAGCUAGCUGCGAUCUUCAGCAUCAGGAAGUGUCCCAAUCCUGAGAUAGAUGGAAGCAGUGAGGAGGGGGAGAGGAGAGAUUCCUUAUCCCCAGGCAAGCGAUCAUUCUCUGGGCUGGAGGAGACACAGAGCCCCCUCUCUCCCAAACGCCCCAGAACCGACAAGCACACCACUGACCAACAGGCUACUGCCAAGUGCCCACUGUGCCAGGACACACUGGUACACACACAGCUGAGACGUCACCUCACACUCACUCACAGUGUGGCCCAGGACUGUGUGGACAAGCUCAUGAGCACGGUGGCAGUGGAGCUGCCAGAGAUUCUGCAGAAAGAGUCACUGCAGAUGGAGUCCCAUUCAAAUGACUCCAACACAAACGAAUCUCAAACAAACGAUUCUAAAACAAACGACUCUAAUGCAAAGGAGUCCCUCAAAAAUGAAUCUCAAACAAACGAUUCUAAAACAAACGACUCUAAUGCAAAGGAGUCCCUCAAAAAUGAGUCUCAAACAAACGACUCCCAUAUAAAUAAAGAAGAAGUGAUCCCAGCCAAAGAUGUCCCUGCCCUGCCCAACGCUCCCUGUGAGGACCAGCAUCCAGCAGAGGACAACAUCUCUCACCUCCCAGAGUCCCCCAGCUCUCCUCCCCCCCCCCCCACUCCUCCCUCUCCCUCCCUCAGCCACCUCCCUUCAUCCGCCUUACCCCCCUCUCCUCCUAGUGAUGCCCCUCCCCCAUCUGAUCGUCAUAGUUACAGGUUCCGCUGUGGCAGGUGCAGUCUAGCAUUCCGGACGCAGGAGAAGCUGAAGCUGCACUGGCAGUACCAUGCCAUGAGGGCGGCAACAGAGUGCCACCUCUGCCCCAGACGCUGCCGCAGCCAAGAGGCCCUGCAGAGACACCUGCUCAACACACACCUACAGGACCUACACCUACAGGGUACACACCCUGACCAGAGUGGAGCACACGUCCAACGACCAACCAGCCUGGAGGGGGAGGAAGAGGACGGGGAGAGUAUGAGUGAAGAAGAUACAGAUAAGGAGGAGGAAGAUGAGGAGGAGGGGGAGGGAGAGCAAGGAAAAGGAAAUGAAGGAGAGGAGGAUGAAAAGGAAGACCCAGAUGAGGAGGAGAGGCCCAGUCCAGGGGUUAGUAAUAGUGACAUGGGUUCAGGGCAGCAGGAGGAGGAGGAGGAGACAGGGUCAGAACCCAGCCCCUUCAUCAAGGGCUCAAACCCGACUCUGGAGCGGUUCCUGGACCCGGCUCGGCCCUACAAGUGUUCAGUCUGCUGUGAGUCCUUCACGCAGAGAACCAUCCUGCUGGUCCACUAUAACUCUGUGUCCCACCUCCACCGAGCCAAAGCCAGACGGGCCCUGCAGGACUCCAGCCCCAGUCCUGCUGACACCCCCCAGGGCCUGGAACCAAGCCCCUACCGCUGCAGCCUGGCCCCUGACCCCAGGCCCUACCGCUGCAGAAUGUGUGGGGUGGCCUACAGCCAGAGCUCCACCCUGGACAUCCACCUCCGUUCUGUACUGCACCAGACACGAGCCCGUGCAGCUCGGACCCAGCUAGCACUGAACCCCCACUCCCAGCAAACUCCAGCUCCAGCCUCAGCCUCAACCCAGGCUCCCCACACCCCAGUCCCAUCCUUAGUCCAAGCCCAGACCCCUGCCUCCAGCCCUUCGCCUGGAGGAGGAGAGGCAUCUACCAGGGGAACCCCCCCAGCUGCCACCAGACCAGCCCCUGCCUCCCCAAGUCCCUGUUCCUCCCUGAGUGAAGCACAGCAGAGUGUGGGUGUCUCUGGGCAGGCUGAGGGUCAACAGGCUAAGAGGAGGAGAGUAGAGGACCUGACCACAUCCGCAGGACAGCAGGACCUGAUGUUACUCCAACAGCAAUUAGCCCAGGCCCAGAUACUACAGCAGCAACAGCAGUUAGCCCAGGCCCAGAUACAGCAACAAACAGCCCUCCUCCAGCCCCAGCUGUUUAGUCCAAUACUGCUCCCACACCUCCCCUUACUGCAGCAGAACCUCCUAAAGCAGCACCUCCCUUCAGUAGCAGAGAGUCUCCAACAGGGGAACCUCUUCCCUCCCCUCCCAUUAUCCCCAGACAGCCUGUUCUCUCUACAGCAGCAGAUGCUCCUGUCCUUCUACCUCGCUGGAGGGCUGCAUCUCAACCCCAACACAACCCUUAUGAACCAGACCACCUCAGCUGUCUCCCCUCAGACCACCUCGGACCAACACCCCCAGAUAGAGAGGCUUGAACCUCCCUCUCCACUGACAGAGACAAAUAGCAUCCAGUCUCCAGCCCAGGCCCCAAAAUGUGAGACCCAGGCUGAGACCGCUGACAGUGACUCCCCCCUCCACCAGACAGAGAAAGAGUACAACCCAUCCUCUCCUCCUGAGGGAGAUGGAGAGAGGGACAGAGAGAUGCAGGAGAGCGAGAAGAAGGAAAGAGCAGAGAAGGCCCUCAGAGUUCUGCUGGAGAGAUACGGCUGGGAGCUGGCCCUACAAAGCACUCAGAGCAGACAGAGACAGCAGAACAGAGAGAUGGAGGGAUGCCUGGAGAAGGAGGAGAAGCAGUGUGGAGAAUGUGGGAAGCUGUUCUCUGACUCUCUGAUCCUGAAGAGCCACCAGGAGUUUGUUCACCGCCAGAUGAUCCCUCCUGUAGUGUUGGAGAGGUUCUCCAGACACUACAGGCUGCAGUAUGACCGCCUCUACCCCCUCUCACCUUUCACCCCGGGGGACACUGAGACUACUGUUGUUGCACCCCUAACCCCAGCUUCAGCACCUGCACUUGCACCUUUACCCCCAGCACCAGCCUCAGAUUCAACCCUCGACCAAGCCCAAUCCCUCUCUGUCUCCCAAACCUCAGUCCCAGCCCUUACCCCAGCUGCAACAGCCGUAGACCCAGACCCAGCUGUGCCCCCACCUCCAGCAUCCGUAUCUGUAACCCUGUCCCCAGACCAAGCCCCAGUUAAUUCCCUCUUCCCAGCCCAAGCCAGAGCCCUAGCCUCAACAACACCCUCUCCUCCUCCACACCCCCCCCAACCACAACCACUUUCAGAGCAGGACAGUACCACAACGACAACCACCCCUUGCCCUGACCCCUCUCAAACUAUCAUACACCAGCCCAAACUCUCCAUGCCCCCUCUCCCCUUACCCCAAGUCCCCCUGCCCCUGCUUCCUUUAUCCAACCUCCCCCCUCUUCCCUUCCCCAUAGACCCCUCUCUCCUCCCCCUUGGUCUAAUGCAGCCCUUAGCCCUCCAGUCUAUGCUUCAGUACCAGUCCCUGUUAUCAUCCGGCCACCAACCACACUUAUCCCUAUGCACUAACACACACUCUGCUCCUAGCCCAGCUCUACCCCCAUACACCAACACACACUCUGCUCCUAGCUCAGCCCUACCCCCAUACACCAACACACACUCUGCUCCUAGCUCAGCUCUACCCCUAUACACAAACACACAUUCUGCUCCCCGUCCAGCCCUGCCCUCUCUGAAGUGUAGGCUGGAGGAAGGGACAGAGGUUAGGCCUAUGAGUGAUGUGUUGGCCGGUGAUGGAGAGGAAGGGGGAGAGAGGGAGGGAGAGGGGGAUGAGCAGAGGAGGGAUAGGCGCCAGAGGACCACCAUCAGUGCAGAGCAGCUAGAGGUUCUGUACCAGCGCUACAGUCUGAACGCCAACCCAACCCGCUCUGUACUGGAGGGCAUCACCAGUGACACAGGCCUGAAGAAACGUGUGGUGCAGGUAUGGUUCCAGAACACUAGGGCUCGUCAGAGGAAGGGCCAGCUCCAGACCCUGGGGAGAGGAGGUUUAGGUGUGGGUCUGGGUGACAACCACAGGCGCUGUCCGUUCUGUAGGGCUUUGUUCAAGGCUCAAAGUGCCCUGGACUCCCAUGUUAGGGCCCGCCACUGGUCCCAGACUGACAGACCUGCCUAUGGCCUGUCUCAUCAGAUAGGUUCUGCUGAUGACUUCAGCUUUUCUCACAACCAUGGAUCCUACAGAGACAGGGAGGGUCCCUCACUCUCCCUCCAGCAUUCUCCCUCUCUCUCCCACCAUCCUUCUCUCUCUCCCUCCCUCCAUCCCUCCCCAAGCCCCGGGGUCGUCCCCACUGAGAGAAAAUACAUUUCUGGGAAAACAGAUUUGACCUUUAACCUGAACGAACCCGACAUGGAAAAGGAGGAGGAAGAAGGUCUGUCAGUAAAAAUAUUCCCUUCGUCUGACCAAGCUCAUGAGGGUAACCAUAGCAAUCUGUUGUCUCUGGGAUACAAUUAUGGGAUGGCGAGCUUCAACAUUCAAGACUGUGACCAGAACACCAGUCCAAGUCUGUCUGAGAGUGUGGAUAGGCAUGGACCGAGACAGCAACAGCAGCAGAGGCAGCGUACACAGAUGACCCCCCAGCAGGUGGCCAAGCUCAGAGCCUGCUACAGGGAGCACCCCACCCCCAGCCCCCUGCAGUGCGAGGGCCUGGGACAGCAGCUGGGGCUCCCACGCAGGGUAGUGCAGGUGUGGUUUCAGAAUGGCCGGGCCAAGGAGAAGAGGGCAAGGAGCCUCAGAGUCGACCCCACAACAGGAUAGAGGGAAAGGCAGAAGAGGACAGGGGAGAGAACGCACACAGCCAUGAACCAAGUGCUUGUCACUCACAACAAUGAACCAACCGGAUGCCACAGAAGCCAAAGAGCAUUCUACCAGUGUACCUCACCCCCUACUCAGCCCGAAAACAUCACAGGGCAGACCUCCUCUAGAGCUUUAAGACACCACUCCUCUGUUCCUCCCUCUCUCCUCUCCCCUCCUCUCCUCCAGCCGAUACCUCAGGAGUUAACCCCUCCAUGCCAACAGAUGUCCCUGUUCUGACAAUAGAAUCUGGAGAACCAGGAAACAGUAUGUGCCCCUCCCACUUCUGUUUAAAGACUUUACUAGUGCAAGUAUCAAACUGUUAGACGUUUUAGUGUAUAGAACGUUCUUUCAAAGUAAAAGAAAACUGAAAGAAACUAAAGCAGCUACGGAAAACAAAAAUAAAAAAUAUUCUUUACAAAGAGCUUCUGCAAAGACUGGCUUGGAUUCCAAAGCUCGUAACCAAAACCUUACAUGUCGUGGAUUGUGUUGUCAACAUGGUGGUUUUCGUUUCCAAACCACAGUACAGACCAUACAGUGAAGAGUAGAACUGAGACUGGUGUGUAUCAAUAGACUGACUGGUCUACGUGGUGCUGAAGCAGACCUCAACCUUCUCAAGCCAAUGAUGACUCUACUGCACAUCUACUGACCGCUCCUUAUGUGGAUAGUAGGCCAAAUAGCACUGAGCUAAGUCCACUUUGUCCUUUAUGUGAGAGGUCAUAUAAGAAGCUAUUUUGAUAACGUUCGACCAAUAUAUGUCACAACAACUUUAACCAAACACCACACAACCCUGUCUGUGUUUAGUAAAUGUUAAUGAAUAUGAAUAUUAUGGAUUGACGGUCAUUGUAUGCUUUGAUAAGACAAGUGUUAUUUUGUGGUGUAUGAGAACAUAAUGUAGGCUUUAUGAUGUGAAGUUUAGGUAAGAUGUUGCCUUUUCUUCUUAUUCUAGUAAAUACCAAUACGUUGUGUAAUGUAAUGUCUACUAUACUCAGGCCAACUGAACUGUUUUUAAUUUGGUCGUAGUAUUGUACUAGUUUCUCUUCUGUUCCUUAUGCCAGACACAAAGUCUGUUUUGAAACCUUAUGAUGUAAAUAUUGAUUGUUCAUAUGGAGUUCCUAUAAUGCUAGUUCUAAAGAAACCUCUCUGGAUUUGAGAGAUCUGAGCUUUCUGACCAAUAAUUGAUAGUUCCAUUAUUACAAUGUUAAAUGGUGUGAGGAGUACAUUAAUGUACAGUAUGUAGCUUUUAUAUGGUCGACUCAGUCUCCCCUGAGACUGCCUCUGUUCUGACGGACCAUACUCACUGAUAGUUACUGACGUUAUACUGAUGAAAACUUUGGAUGUUGUGUGCACUUAACUCUCUCUCACACACUCUAACAGUCUCUCUCUCUCUCUCUCUCUCUCUCUCUCUCUCUCUCUCUCUCUCUCUCUCUCUCUCUCUCUCUCUCUCUCUCUCUCCUCCUUCUAUCCACAGUCUUUUUGUUCUCUAACUGUAAUACUAUUACUGUAGUAAUAAUGAUAACAAAAACAGUAAUAACUAUGAUAAUAUCGAAUGCUUUAAAACACAACCCAAAGACAUAAUAACACUGUAACAUCGAUGCAUAAAUCCCACAAAAACAACUUGAAAAGUUUACUUGAUAAUGUAACAUUGAUUGUUGGGAAGAAAGAGUGACUGUAUCAGAAAUGCUGUAUCUGCCUCUUCACCAGGCUACUGGUGACUGUAUACUGAAACCUCCAUGAAAACCAAAACCUACUAUUAUACUAGGAUGGAGGAGCACUUCUCAAAGCCAAACCCUCCAGGCCCUAGUGCACUCAGUAGGGAACUAAACCCCAGCCCCUAGUGCACUUAGUAGGAGUGUACUCAGUAGGGAACCAAACCCCAGCCCCUAGUGUACAGUACUCAGUAGGGAACUACUUCAGAGCCAUUGCAGUGUGUAGAGUGGUUGAAAUGUUUUCCUCCUCAAUGUCAAUGUCUUUAUAACCAGAUAGAUUCUUCCAUCUCAGUCUUUGAGAACGUCCAGUUGGCUGCUAACGUAUUUUGUAAUACUUUAAUAACAACAAACUGUUAUAACACCCAUGAUGCUGUUUAUAACAUGACCUUAUAUUCUGAUGUUAACAAAGAGAUACUUGGGGCUCCAGUAUUUACUCAGUAAUGUAUUACUAUGUGGACAGUGGUUUCUAAACAAAGAUACAAAGAAGUUACAAUGAUACUACAAAGAUAAGAUACUUCUAUACUUAAGAUCCUGCAUAACUAUGCUAUGGCAGGUUGGAUUGUAUCUAGCCCCAAACCCUACACAGGUCUGUGUACCAGUAUGUUUCUGCUCUUGUGUCGCUGGCUUGUUUAGCCAUGUUUGUCUCCGCUUUAAGCCAACAAUGUAGCCAUGUAGCCACUUAGCAACGCAGCUAUGUAGCCAUGUUUGUCUCUGCUAUAGGCCAGGCAACAAUGUAGCCAUGUAGGGACAUAGACACGUAUCCCAUGUACCUGGGUAGCCAUGUAGUCAUGUAGCCACACAGAUUUUAGCCAUGUAGCUAUGUAGCCAUGCAGUGAUACUGAACACAGAAACAGUCUGUCACCCAGGCUAACCUUCCAAAGGAUGCUGACUAACUCUGUUUUACCUUUAGCUCUAUAUCUGACCAAUGUUUACCACAAUACCAAUGAUCUUUCUUCUGUACUGAAAUUCCAAAUACUGUACCACUUGGCAGUUAUGUACAUAUUGUUUUUUUUAUUCCUUUUCCUUAUUUUCUGAAUAACUGUAAGAUGUAAUAAUUGUGUUGUUCCUGGAAGCUGUUGCCGUAGUGAUAACCAAAAGAUACCUGUGUUGUGCACCUGUCCAGUCUCUUGCUCCAGUGGUUAAGUUUGUUCCUUCUCCCCAGUUCUCGUAUGGAUGUGUGUUUUCUCCCCCUUCUCCUUCCAUAGCCACUGAGGUAAAUAAAGUCUGGUUUGGUGGA